GCAGAGUCUGCAAAAGGGGAGCAGGGAUCAGGAUCAAAUCAGAUCAUGAAUGUAAAAUGCUGCUCACAGGGCCAGCGGCAGGGAAGCCGGAUCCUCGCCGGAGUCAUGGCAGCAGAAGCCCCCCGAGCGGCCGCAGGUGUUCCCAGAUCUGGAGCUGAGGGUUUUGAGCCAUGGCAGGCCCUCGGCCCGGCCCAGCCUGGCCAGACAAGCCCACCCCCGAAGGCGACCCAGCCCGGCCACCUGCCCCCAGACUGGCGCCAGGAGAGGCCCCGGGAGAGGCGCACCCUUCUCCAGGCGCUGGGCGCCUCCCACGUUGCCAUCGCGGUGCUGCACGCGGUCCUCGGGGGUUACCUGGUCUUUGCAGUCAAGAACCUUCACCUGGUGGCGCUGAAGUCUUGGUACCCAUUCUGGGGGGCUGCCUCUUUCCUCAUUUCAGGGAUCUUGGCGAUAGCAGUGGCGGCGGUUUCAAAAACCUCUCUGAAGGCGCUGUGCCUGGUUGCGAACGUCCUCAGCUUCCUCUGCGUGCUGGCCGGCCUCUUUGUCCUUGCCAAGGACCUCUUCCUGGAGAGUCCAUUUGAGACCCCGAUCUGGAGACCGUACCCCAACAGCACAGUGCACAUCCAGAGGCUUCAGCUGAUCCUGCUCUGCCUCACCUGCCUGGAGUUCUUCCUGCUGGGGCCCACGACCGCCGUCGCCUGCCGGGACGACCCCCUGUCUGUGGAGAGGGACGACUUGCCCCGUGUGCCCGACGAGGCGUGGGCGCCCCAGGAGCCGCCCCCAUCCUAUGAGGACGUGACGGGAGGAGGCCGGCGGGAGGAGCCGAAGCAGAAGUGAAGAGGCCCUGGGCCUCUCCCAGCAGCAGCAGAUUCACCUGCCCCCCCCCCCAAGGCCCCCCUGCAAGGGGCCAACGGUGCUCCCAGUUUGGAGAACUGGGUGGCCUGUCCUGGUGGCCAAGGUGGUAGGUGGUCCCCAUCCCCUCGGGCACAGAAGGGCCUCCAGGCCCCCACCCCCUCCAGCACCUCAGCACCUGGUUGGCCAGGGCACGGCCAGGCCCUCCCACCCACCCCACCAGCUCAGGAGCAGCCCACGGGGCCCACACCACACCGCCCACCCUCCCUGACGCCUUCCCCCGU